AUGUAUCGUCGCAUUUCUCAUUGCUAUUUCCGGUGUGGUCAUGAAGAUCAGCUCUGCUCACUUUUUGCUCUGAUCGGGAUUUUCGUGUCGAGGGUUAAAUUGUGGGGUGACCGUCUGUUGCAGUUCUCAUCUGGUGACGUUCAUGUGCGUUUUUGCCAUCGGUCCUCUCUAAUCCUAUGCAUUGUAUCGCGCUCCUAUGAACAGCUUGAUGAGCAGUUGAACAUACUUUUUGACCAGAUCGUGUCAACCUUAUCCAGAUCACAGCUUGAUAUUGUUUAUAAAAAGAAAGGAGAUAACUAUGAUUUGCGACGUUUAUUGAGAGGGACUGACAAGUACAUAGACAGUAGUGUGUCGGCUUGGCGUAGCGAUAUUUCUCUGUUGCAGUCAGCUAUUCGAAUUUUACCAAUGUCGUCAACCGACCGGGAAUAUUUAUCCUCAACGAUGAUUUCAUGUUUGACGGCCUCUAAAUUCGAUGGAGUUCUUUUUGGUUUGAUAAUAGCUCAUAGGCAAGUGGCAGCACUUGUUCGACUUAAGAAGUACAUCUUGCAUCCGCGUGACACACAUAUUCUUCUCAAUCUGAUUUCUGGGAAUAGUUCUCUACGAAUCACUGAGGCACAGACGUGGACACCGAUUUGUUUACCAAACUUCAAUGAUAGAGGAUUUAUCUAUGCAUAUAUUUCCUUUCCUUGGGAAGAAAGCGCGGCCUGCCUCAUUCUACUUUCUGUUAAGAAGGAUCACUUCGAUCUAUUGAACGAGGUGAAGAAAAGAAUUGUGGAGAAAAUAGAGAGCAACUCAAAGUUCUUUUCCAGUUUUCAGUCGUGUAUUGAUUCUCCUGUUGCCUUUAGUAUAUCACAGGUUUGCCCCAUUAAUCUACAUGUUAUGAUACCUUUGCUAUUUGCAUUAAGUUUUAGAAUUCCUUUAGUUUCACGUGAAGAGCGUAACGACACUCGUAGGUUGUACGAAAGGAUUACUCAUCUGGUUCGAGAAGAACCUCAUAUGCGCUGUUUGUUUGUGAGGCGUAAUCAGGACAAUAUCUUAGUAUGGGUGACCGAUAAAUUCGAGUUGCAGUGCGUCUUUAGCCCUCUGACUUCGGCGGUGACGGCAACUGCCUUAGUUGAUCGCUUACUGAAGACGUUGAAAUAUCAUGAACAACGAUACUUUAUAUUACACACACCAUCGUUUUAA